ACUUGUCCCUAAUCUCCUUUCGGCUUCCGCCGCGGUUUCCGCCCGUCCCGUUUCGUGUCGUCCUGCCGGGGCAGCUCCGUCAGCGCCGACGGCCUCGCCCCGAUCCCGCCGUCCCGUUGGAGAUCCGUCCCACCUCCCGCACGCUACCCAACCACGCCACCCGCGAGGUCCACGACCCUGUGCAAAUCCACGCGAUAAGAACCAGGCCGUACCUUGCUGCUUGCUUGCUCCUUCCCUCCUCCCACUCUUCCCUAUAUAACCAGGCGCGGGCGGGGCAAUGGUUCUUCCGCUUCGCUUGCAUCGCCACCUGGUCCCGCGCCUGGCCGCCGCCGCCGCAGCAGCAGCUAGGUCGCCGUCUGCCGCCUCGCGCGAUCCCCGGCCUGUCUUGCCGAGCGCGGGAUUGCUGCCGCCGGCCCUCGCGAUGGCGUACAGGGCCGGGUCCAGCGUCGACAGGAGGCUGCUCUUCAGGCAGCUGUUCGAGGAGGAGAGCUCCACGUACACCUACCUCCUCGCCGACGUCGCGGACCCCGAGAAGCCCGCCGUGUUGAUUGAUCCUGUCGACAGAACAGUUGACAGAGAUCUUAAUCUUAUCAAGGAAUUAGGCUUGAAGCUUGUGUAUGCUAUGAAUACUCAUGUGCAUGCAGAUCAUGUCACUGGAACUGGUUUAAUAAAGACUAAGCUACCAGGAGUCAAAUCUGUCCUUUCAAAAAUUAGUGGAGGAAAGGCAGACCAUUUUGUCGACCAUGGUGAUAAAAUUUACUUUGGCAACCUUUUCCUUGAGGUUCGAGCUACUCCUGGCCAUACUGCUGGCUGUGUGACCUAUGUAACAGGUGAUACUGAUGAUCAGCCUUCACCAAGGAUGGCUUUUACUGGUGAUGCUUUACUUAUACGUGCAUGUGGAAGGACAGACUUCCAGGGUGGAAGUUCUGAUCAGCUGUAUCAGUCCGUGCAUUCACAGAUUUUCACAUUGCCAAAGGAUACCCUGCUUUAUCCUGGCCAUGACUACAAAGGUUUCACAGUAAGUACUGUUGAAGAGGAGGUUGCCUACAAUCCCCGGCUGACAAAAGAUAAGGAAACUUUCAAAUCGAUCAUGGAAAACUUGAACUUGUCUUAUCCGAAGAUGAUGGAUGCAGCUAUACCCGCCAAUUUGGUUUGCGGUAUCCAGGAUCUACCACCGAAGAUGUGAACUGUUCCAGUCGAAGCCUGCAGUGGUGCUCACGACCACAUCGGGCGGAUUGCAGCUGUGUUGUACAUUAAAUAAUUUCUUUGCUGCAUCCUGUGAUAUUGCGAGGAAAUAAUUAGACAUUGGCUGAUGUGGCCACAAGUUGUAAGUUGCAAGGCAUUAUUAUUUGAUGAUAAAUGAUAAUAAUAAUAGAAGUCAGUUUGCAUCU